AUGAAGCUCGUCAACGAGCCGUAUGUCUAUCCUGAGCCGGCCAAGACAAAGGCAAUCUAUCAAGUACAACAUGGCUUGAUGGGGCAGAAGCUAGAGGUGACCUUGAGCGAUGGAAGGAGAAUCAAUGGCGUCUUUGCCGCUCUGAACCAAACGAGCGAUAUCAUCCUCGUCGACGCAACAGAGACUGUGCAAGAAGGAGACAGUGUGCGUACGAGGAGCGUGGGAACGGUCAUGCUUCCUGGCCAGCACCUCGUCAGAGCAACGAGCCGAUCUCAGAUGCAUCUCGACAUCGCAUGA